AACAUCCUAAAAUUCUCGCCUUCGUGGCCCAUGGAGGUCUUCUGGGCAUGACUGAAGCUGUGUCAGCAGGCAAGCCGAUGGUGAUAAUACCGUUUUUUGGUGACCAACCUGCCAACGGCGCAGCGGCUGCCGAAAUCGGUUUAGCGAAAGUCGUCCCUUACGUUGAACUUAGUGAAAAGGCCCUCUCUGAAGCUUUAGAGAAUGUUUUAAGCGCUGAAAUGCGUGUAGCUGCUCGUCGUAUUUCUAACAUCUGGAAAGACCGACCGACAAAACCGCUGGACACAGCUGUCUACUGGACAGAACGUGUCAUCAGAUGGGGCCAUCAAUCUCCUCUACACUCCUCAGCCAGAGACAUGACGUUUAUACAAAAAUCUUUAUUAGACGUAGCUGCUGCCAUACUCAUAAUUAUUCUAGUUUUAGUGUUAGCUCUCAAGUUCCUAAUAUCUUUCCUUGUAAUUAGAUUGCUAACUUCGCGUGGUAAACAGAAACUGCAUUGAGCCAUAAUAAAAGUUAUAUAUAGUAAAAAUUGGUAGGAAAAUAAUGGUUUUAUUUGUCAUUCAUCGUGAGCGUGUCUCGCGUUUGGCACUGUGGGCGCUUGACGAGUUCGAUUAGGACUAAUCGAGCAGCACAAACUAUUCUGAUUUGGUUCCAGUCGGGGUAGCACCCUCGGAAUUAAUUUCGUUACUCUGGCACUCUUAACGCGCAUUUAUUCAACACGAAUUUCAUCGCGCUCACGCCGCGCGGAGACCCCGUUGCAGCGCCGCCCGCCGCACAGCGACCGCGUGCAUCUCACUGUCAUGGCAAAGUACGCUCUAUUGAUAUAGCUUUUACGUUUUAACUUAAAUGAACAUCCCGGGCGCCCGGACGAGUCUGGUUUGUCUUUGGUUGGUCUAAACGGUGACCUAACGGCGACUUCCUGGUAACAUAUGAGAUUUUUUUUCCCAUUUGUCGCCAGUAGAAAUCACUACUGGCAACAACUGGGAUUUUUUAUCCCGUUUGUC